AACCGAUUGUUACCCAUUCGCUACUCGAGAUGAAACCCUUUGCCUGCAUCCUGGUGAUCCUCGCCGCCAUCCUGUCCGUUGGCCAGGCCUCCCUGGGCGGUCUUCUUGGCGGCGGCGGCGGUGGAGGUGGUGGCUCCAUUGGAGGCGGUGCCGGCGGCAUUGGACAGCUGCUGCAGAGCAAGCUCGGCGGUCUCGGCGGAGGAUUGGGCGGCGGCCUGGGCGGUCUGAGCGGCGGCUUCGGCGGAAAGCUCGGCGGCGGUGGCGGAGGAGGCGGUGGUGGCUACUCCGGCGGCUACUCUGGCGGAUACUCCAACGGUGGCGGGUACUCUGCCCCUGCUCCCAGGCCCGUUGAGAAGGUGAUCAUCGUGAAGGUCAUCAACGAGGGAUACUCUGGUGGCCAUUCUGGUGGAUACUCCGGUGGCUACUCCGGCGGCUACUCCGGUGGCGCCCAGUCUGGAGGCUGGUCCUCGGGUGGAGCUCAGUCUGGAGGUUGGUCCUCGGGUGGAGCUCAGUCUGGCGGCUGGAACAAGGGCUGGUAAGGAUGGACCGGGACAUGGACCAACCUCAAAUAGUUCAAACUGCCAAACAA